AUGGACUUUUCAGACCCUCAGGUCUUCGCGGCCCUGCCUCAUGAUAACCGAGGCAGCGUCGUCGUCGGGGCGGUUUGCUUCGUCCUGACUGUUGCCACCGUGUCGACCGGGAUGCGGCUCUACACACGGAGCGUCAUUGUCCGACAAUUGGGUGCAGACGACUACCUCGCCGCCAUAGCUCUCAACUUCUACGUGUCCAUCACCCUAUAUAAUACGGGGCUGUUCUUCACGAAAAUGACCUUUCUGGCCCAGUACUACCGAGUGCUGUCGAUUAGGAAGAUGCGACUCACUCUCCAGAUAGCAAUGGCUGUCGUGGGAGCGUGGUCUUUGUCUCAGGUGUUCGUAGGUAUAUUCAUUUGCCAACCUAUUGCCAAGUUCUGGAACGACAGCCUCGACGGCCACUGUAUCCCAAACCUGCCCCAGUGGUACGUUAACGCCGCGGGCAACAUCGCGACUGACGUUGCCGUCUUCGUCCUGCCCUUACCAGUGCUGGGCCAUCUGCAUCUGCCGAAGCAACAGAAACUCAUCCUGCUGGGUAUCUUCAGUUUGGGAUUCUUCACGGUUGCUAUAUCUAUCAUCCGGAUAAAGUACCUCCAGCUCUUUGCAGACCUCACAUACGAGAAUACAGACUCGUCCUGUUGGUCUAUUACUGAGCUUUGCUCUGGUAUCACGUGUGCAUGCCUCCCUACCUUGAGACCGUUGGUCUCUAGGUGGCUUCCAAUGUUUGCUAGUACUAUUCGUAGAUCCACGAAGGAUUCCAACGAGAAAUCGCAACAACUACACAAGAACCUGGAUGGUAGUGGCCAGGCUUCUGAGAGCAGCCGCUGCACGUAUGAGCGUGGCAGCGGGAUGGGGAGCCAGGACGAACUCCACCGUCCAAAUGACGUGGAACUUGGCCGGACUGACAGUGGGGAUCUAUCGGAGAAUAUCAUGGGUCUCAAGAGCUCGAAAUCCUGCAUGUAA